UUUUUUAUUCAUUCCUUCCUUCUGGCCUCGCUCGCCUAGGCUAGGUAGGGCUUCAAACAAAGAAUGGAGAGGUUUCUCCAGAGUGCGGCCAAGCCCAUCAGCGAUGGCAGCAAGGAGAGCAGCAGGUGUGAGCGGCGGCAGCAGCAGCAGGAGCAAAAUGUGGUCUUGGAAUAUGAGCAGACGGGCAGGAUGCACAAGCGCCUCCAUCACCUCUGCACCACCAACGUGAUGAAGUCGUAUGCUCUCGUUGAAUGUCUCGAACAGGAUAACUAUUUGCCUCCGUCCAUGUCAAGGCAGAGUUACGUGUCCGACAUCGAGUUUAACACUGAGGGUAAUCUCGUGGCUUUCACCACGUCCAUGGGGUAUAUGAACAUCCAUGCUUACGAUUCCAUUCUGUCUGGCAAGAGAAUGCCUCCUGUGGCUGCUUAUUCCCUCUGUGGAAAGCUUCAAGCCGUGAGAUGGAACCCCCUGGACCAGCUGCAGGUGGCAUGCGUAGCCGAGUCAGUCGGUUCCGUCAUCAUCUUCGACGUCCGACACAGGCAGCCCGAGUCGCUCGAAAAAAUGCAAGUCUUUAGAACAAAGCCGGGGACGGAAACCCAUCGCGGCCUCUACGACGUGCAAUGCAAAAGCUGGAAGAUAUUUGCUUGUGCAAGUGGAGGCGUGUAUGUGUGGGAUAGGCGAGCAGGAAAUCUUUCUACUGCGACUUUACGGGCACCUUCCUUUGCUGGAACGAUGCUGUCUCUGGACAUCACAUCAGACGAACAGGUUCUUUUGGCUGGAAGCAGCAGUGGUCACAUUUUCGCAUGGGACAUCCGUGGCGGAAAGGCUUCUUCUUGUUCUGCCUUUUCCUCGCCCAACAACGUGGAUCAACAUCCCUUGGGCGUUAUCUCCAUGUCUACAGCCUUGCAAGAGAUACCAGAUCUCCGGUCUCAAACGUACACUGGAGAUUUGAGUGUUACAUGUGUGCGUCUAAACUCGUCAGGUGAUCAGCUUGCUUUCGGCCUCAACAAAGGCUGGUCCGGUGUAAUCAACAUGCUCAACUUUCAAGAGAUAACACACAUUCAUUGCCCUCCAUCGCUCUGGGAACUGGGAAGUCCGAGCUGGCUGAGCAUGACAAAACUCACCUGGCUUUUGAGCCUUCCGGUAGUCGCUGUAGCUAGUGGGGACCUUCGUUUUCUCGAAUUUUCUGGUCCGGGAUCGCGCCAUCACGUCAGCUCGAGAAACAAUGGCUGCGCUCCAGUUGUGAUUGAAAUGGCAGACGGUGUUUAUAGUGUCGCAGCACAUCCUUCAGAUGGCUGCCUAAUGGUUGGCACCCAGGUACGAUGUUCUGACUUUAUUUCUUCUUCUUUUAUUCAACUCUUGUAUGUGGUACAGGAGCAUACUCAUUUAGUUGCUCCAAUUCAGCUCGUAAGAAUACCAAUCCCGAAAUAAAAACCUCUCCAUACCCUUUGCGUGUACCCAAAA